GCGCCGCCGCCGCCACCGUCGCCGGAAUCCCGAGCUCUCUCGCCGUCGCGCGCGCGUGCUAUAUAGAGAGGUAGAAAUGGCCGCCGCUGCCGCCGCCUCCUCGCUGCAGUACGCGCUGCACGGCGUCGGCGCCGCCUCCUCCGGCAAGCCCAGAUCCGCGGUGCCAGCGGCGAGGAGCGUGCGCGUGGCCGCCGCGGCCAGGAGGAGAUCAUGGGGCUCGGUGCGGGCGCGCGCCGCCGUUGCAGCGAAUGCGGAUGCGGCGGUGGAAUCCAAGUCCGGCGGGCAUGAGGUUUUGUUGUUUGAGGCCCUUCGAGAAGCCUUGAUAGAAGAGAUGAAAGAAGACCCUACAGUUUGUGUAUUUGGUGAAGAUGUUGGUCACUAUGGAGGUUCAUAUAAGGUGACGAAAGGCUUGGCUGAGAUGUUUGGAGACCUUCGGGUUCUGGACACCCCUAUUGCUGAGAAUUCUUUCACGGGAAUGGGAGUUGGAGCAGCAAUGAAGGGGCUGAGGCCAAUUGUUGAAGGCAUGAACAUGGGUUUUCUUCUCCUUGCCUACAAUCAGAUCUCAAACAAUUGUGGUAUGCUUCAUUACACCUCAGGUGGCCAGUUCAAAAUCCCGAUUGUGAUUCGAGGCCCAGGUGGUGUUGGUCGUCAGCUUGGUGCUGAGCAUUCGCAACGUCUUGAAUCAUACUUCCAGUCUAUUCCUGGGCUUCAAAUGGUUGCUUGCUCUACUCCUUACAAUGCUAAGGGCCUGAUGAAAGCUGCCAUAAGGAGUGAAAAUCCUGUGGUGCUGUUCGAGCAUGUCCUUCUGUACAACCUGAAGGAGAAGAUUCCCGAUGAAGAAUACAUCUGCUGCUUGGAGGAGGCCGAGAUGGUACGCCCAGGUGAGCAUGUGACCAUCCUCACGUACUCUCGCAUGAGGUACCAUGUGAUGCAGGCAGCAAAAACACUGGUGAACAAAGGGUACGAUCCAGAGGUCAUUGACAUCAGGUCGCUGAAGCCAUUCGAUCUGCACACGAUAGGAAACUCCAUUAAGAAGACCCACCGUGUGCUUAUUGUAGAAGAGUGCAUGCGAACAGGUGGUAUUGGCGCAAGCCUGAGGUCGGCCAUCAUUGACAACUUCUGGGACUACCUUGAUGCCCCCAUCAUGUGCUUGUCAUCGCAAGAUGUACCAACGCCAUAUGCUGCAACUCUGGAGGAUGCGACUGUUGUGCAGCCUGCCCAAAUUGUGGCCGCUGUCGAGCAGAUCUGCCAAUAAUUGAAAUCUUAAUGACAUUGUUGAGCACCAUGAUUGGUGGAUUCAGAAGCACUGUCCUUUAUUUGUCUUGUCACGUAGUGACCUUCAUUGUGCUGUAAACAUUGUAUUCUGUUUCUCCAACACUAAAGCUAUACCCUUACCCAUGCAUAUUAUUGGUUUCUCUGUUCUUCCUGC